AUGUAUUUUUUAUACAUUUUAAGUGGAGACCUGGCAAAACUUCUGUAUUAUGCUAUGGGUGUUGGUUAUCCUAUGUAUAAAACACACAUUACAUUUGAAAAUCGUGGACUUGAUGCAUGUAGAAGUUGGCUUAGAUACUGGAUUGUUUUUGGUUGGGUAGCAUUAUUGGAUGUGUUUUUUUAUCAUUAUCUAAAACAUUGGACAGUGUAUUGGUCAAUUAAAGUUAUCAUUACUACCUAUUUAUUAAUGCCAUUAGUCAAAGGAGCUGAUUUAAUUUAUCGUGAUUUUAUCAAAAAUUUUAAUAAGAAUAUCGAACGAAAUGUUCGAUUUAUUAUUGGAAAAUGA